GACUGGAAGCGUGCAUCGCACGUACACCGAGACACGCUCAGUGUGCUUUCUCCUGGCCUAACGUUGCUUUUGUCAGACCUCUUCGCUAAACAUGUCACCAAUAAAGACAAAGCGAACGUCCGAGGAGAGUCUUAACUCUGCCUCUUCUCACGAGGAAGAAACGCAGAGCGUCAUGUCCUUCAUUCUGUCCAAGGGUCAGUCUGGUGAACCCUCGAUUAUCGUUCCGCCGCCGCCCCCGGAGCUCCCCGUCGAAACUCGAAAGCGACGGUGCACCUGCGACUGUUUCCGCAAGUGCCUCCGGAUAUGUGCCAAGCUGCUUGGAUGCAUUCUACUCCACGCGUUUUUCAUCUGGGCAACCGUACGACACCGAGGAAUAAGUACUAACGGCUCUCUCUGCAACCCUUUGGUCUUCUUGGCGGUAGCUAUGAUCUUCCUUGAUGUCCGUCUCCUCUGUAUUGUGGCAACGCGCUGUGGCGCGCGUAAGCCCUUCGCUUCGGCUGGCAGUUACGUCGUCCGCAAAUUUCAACAGGCAACGGCCUUCAAGUUGUUCACCAGAAUAGCAUGGACAUUGGUCUAUGGCGCCAUCACGAUAUUUCUGGUUGUGGACUCCUGGGGCCACUGGCCACGGCUGAUAUCUGCGUUCGGUUUGGCCGUUAUGCUCUUCUUCGGCUACAUAUUCUCGAAAAACCGCUCUCAGAUCCGAUGGAACUUGGUGCUCUCUGGUGUUCUACUGCAAAUAAUGAUGGGCGUUCUCAUGUUGCGCAUCAAGUACGGCAAACUGUUCAUCGAGUGCUUGGCCAAUAUCAUAACCACCAUUAUGACGUUCUCUGACGCCGGAUCCCGGUUCGUGUUCGGCUACCUGGCAACGGGCAGUCUUCAUGGAGGCGUCCCUCACCAGCCCCCCAUAUUUGCGUUCACGGCGAUUCCCAGUAUAUUUUUCUUCGGAAUGCUCGUGUCGGUGCUAUAUUUCUACAACAUCCUGCAGUACGUUGUGCUACGAUUCAGUUGGCUCAUGAACACAUUCGUGGGCACUUCUGGCAUAGAAUCCUUCUGCGCCGCAGCUAAUGUCUUCGUUGGCAUGAAUGAAGCUCCGGUUUUGGUAAAACCCUACCUCCCCACUCUGACCAAGUCUGAAAUCCACUGCAUCAUGACCGCUGGCAUGGCAACAAUCGCUGGAAGCCUAUUUGCUGUUUACGUCAGUGUUGGGGUGAAAGCAGAAUACAUUCUGGCGGCGUCAGUCAUGUCUGCUCCUGCUGCGCUCGCAUUCUCCAAGCUAUUCUAUCCGGAGAGUGCGGAUACCUUAUUAGGACAGCGUACCAUUACACUCGUCCAGAGCACCGAGAGCAACGUCCUGGAAGCAAUGGCCAACGGUGUCACAUCGAUGAUAGGCAUCGCCGCAGCAAUCAUCACCUGCCUCAUCAGUUUUGUCGCCCUGGUGGCCCUCGGAGACAGCGUGUUUGUUCUCAUAGGCGAGCUAAUAGGCUGGAAGUUCCUGACACUCAAUUGGGUGAUGGGCCGAUUAUUCCUGCCUCUGGCGUUGCUCAUGGGCGUCAACGUCAACGAAUGCUCCCGGGUCGCCUCACUUGUGGGCAUCAAGACUGUCCUCAACGAGUUCAUCGCCUAUCGAUACAUGGCCAGUGACCUUAACGCGGGCCUUUUAUCCGUGAGGGCAGAGCUCAUCUGUACUUAUGCUCUCUGCGGCUUUUCUAACCUGGGAUCCAUCGGUGUACAACUGGGCGCCUUCUCCGCCAUGAUGCCAACGCGUCUCAAGGACUGUUCUGAGGUCGCUACGCGAGCCUUUAUUUCGGGGUCCAUGGCAUGUUUCAUGACAGCUUGUGUCGCAGGUGCCCUUAGUGAUACAUCCCAGUACGACCAUCCAGUGAAGUUCCCCAGUAUCGAUUAUAUAUGAUGAAUGAACAAUGAGAAGAUAUAUGGAAACUAUAGAGUUGCAUAUGCAGAAUAAAUGAAAUAUCAACAGUCA